UUCAGUGCAGUAAAGGUACGAAAAUGCUGGUCGCGAUUCAACAAUAAUCAUGAUUGUUGACAAGAAACAGGAGAGAAAUUUUAAGGGUAUCAAUUCAAGAUAAUCGAAAACGGGCGCAAGAUUUAUGUGGCCGAGUUUAUGCCGGAAAAUGUAGAAUGUGUAAACAAAGAAUGCACUGAGAAAAGAAAACGUGUCGUCAUGGCCGUGGAUGUGAGACAGAAACUAACUUGGAAGAUCGAUGACAACUGGGACCAGGGUAUCCUGCCAUUUUAUCAGAACGUGUCACUGUGUAUACGGCUCCUACCGCUGCACCAGGUGUGAGUCUGACACCUUUACUUACCUGGACUACCUGAGACACACCUGUAGACCCAAGGCUCUGCAUCAGUGCUCUCUGUGUGGACACCUGUAUUUCAACGAUGACGAGUUUCGGUCACAUGAUUGUACCUGUCGUCCGCAAUCUUUGACGGAAGGAACCCAGCAUCACAAACAUGAGAAGAGUGGUCAGUUGAUGAAGGGGAGAGGUCACACAGGUCAAGGUCAUAUACGUCACAGUGAACAUAGCAUUGUAGACAACUCAUCAGCAGACACAGUCCAAGUGAAAGUAGAAGACGGGAUCACCGGUGGAGAAUUAGAACUCACAGGGAAUUCUGGGAAGGGAAUCCAGGUCCCUGAUGGGGUGAAGAUAAAUUGGGUCGCAAAUAACCAAACAGCACUGUCACAAAUAGAGUUCUCCGCUAAUGAAAUGCAUGACUCGGCCAAAGAUGAUGAAAAAAAUAUCAGGUCUAAAUUAAAGCGAACCUGGACUGUUUCAGAUAAUGAUUCUGAGCCACGUGAGGAGACAUUCUGCUCACAUGAGAAGGAAAUGAAGACAGCGUCUAGUUCACCGGCCCCAACCAAACACCAGAAUGUUUCCCUUCCUGUCACAACCCCAACCAAACACCAGAAUGUGGAAAGCAAUACAACAACCGGUGGCUUUCUGUUCGUAAAUUUCUCUACUCCUUCUACGCAUUCUAUCAACCAGCACAACAUAGUCGACUCAUCAACUCGCUCUUCUCCAGCAGAUUCCAUAAAAACUUUGAUCGAUUCUGUUGACCAGCACACUUCUAAAUCUGUAGACAUGCCCAUUAUACCGACAAGGUUGCGACCUCGUGAAAAUUUCCCCGUACCAAAAAACGGGGACACUCUCCCUUCGUCUCAGGCUGACUUUGUGUGUAACCCUGUAGUUGUAAAACCAGUCAUUUCAACAACGGAGAGUGAUGGAUGUACAGCCUCGUCUUCUCAGAAUCAGGAUGUCUGUUCCGCUGUGAAGUUUGUUGAAAAGAAACCGGAGUGUAUUCAUGUGAAACUUGAACCGGAGUGUACGUAUGUGAAAAGUGAACCAGAGUGUACAUAUGUGAAAAGUGAACCGGAAGAGUCUUCAGAUCUUCUGUACAUAGACAACGCAGAAGGACCGGGAGAAGAUGGGGAGGAAAUGGCUGCCCUGUCCGGGGUUUCUGCGACCCCUGUACAUACAGAUAGAGUUGCUGAUCAGACAGAUGGUGUUGAUUGUGAAGGUGUAAGGACAGAAACGGGAAAUACGACAGGAAAGCCGGUCAAGGAUCCUCCCUCUGAUCGACACAGAUGUAGAACUUGUGAGAAAACCUUCCGACAAGUUAAAACACUGAUGGUACAUGAACAAACUCACAGUGGAGAGAAAGAGAGGGAAUAUUCGUGUUACAUCUGUAGUAAAACCUGUCCUACGCCCGGCUUCCUGAAGAGACACCUCAGGACUCACAAAGAGGAGGCACCGUGUCCCGCCCAAAGUACACUCAACUCUGAUCUGGACAAAGUUCCCGAGUCUCAGCCGACCUGUAGCUCAACUGCUAGAUCUACUUCCAGCUGCUCUGAGGAGUCUACGCCCGUUUCUAGCCCCAUUGCCGAGUCCACACAUAAUGACAGCCCAGAUGGCGAGCCCGAGCCUGAUGGUAGCCGAGAUUCCCGCUCUACACCCCCUCAUAGGCAGGUCGCUGAGCACUCUACACCCCCGCAUAGCCAGGUCACUGAGCAUGAGUCGACCACCACCCAGUAUGUGGAGUCUGAGCACACCUCUAGCCGCUUCGCGACCUGCGAUGAGGAGAUUUUGCGUAAUCUAGAAAAUGCCAGACUAGAGGCUUCAACUGUUAAACAGACUACCUGGGCAGUGAAAAUCUUUAAAGACUGGCUUUCUCAGAGAGAAAAGAGUACUGAUUUUGAGGAGUUGCCCGCUGUUAAACUUGCUUCAGAAUUAAGAUGUUUCUACGCGGAGGUGAGAACCAAAACCGGGAACCAGUUCUCUAAAUCUGGGUUGAUUUCUCUCCGGGCUGGAAUCAACAGGUACCUGACGGGUCCACCUUUCUCCAGAUCAAUAAACGUGAUGAAGGAUGCAGAAUUCAUGGCGGCUAACCGUGUCCUGAGUGGAAUUUGUAAGACGCUGAUACGUGAAGGCUCGGACACGGUCAAACAUCAUAAACCCAUCUCUAACCUUGAUAUGAAAAAACUGUAUACCUCGGGUGUUCUAUCAAAUGACAACCCCACCUCUCUCAUCCGGAAGGUGUGGUUUGAGUUAGCGCUUCAUUUUGGUUGGAAGGGGAGGGACGGUCUGCGACAAUUGAAGGUGGGGUCCUUCAUCUUGAAGACAGAUGACACCGGACGGGAAUAUUACACACUGGCUUCUACUGAGUGUUACAAACCUCCGCCUGACAGAGAAGUACGUGUCUACGACCUCCCACUCAGCGAGCACUGCCCGGUCAGAUCCCUGAAACUGUACUUAUCAAAGAGAAACCCCAAAAACGAUGUCUUCUUUCAACGUCCAUUAGUCAAUUGUGAAAAGGGGUUCGAUAUUUGGUACUCCAGCAUUCCGAUGGGACAUCACUCGUUGGGCAGUAUGAUGUCAUCCAUCUCCGAAGCUGCUAAACUGUCUGUGAUUUACACCAAUCACUGUGUCAGAACUACCACGGCAACCAUGCUGGCCCAUGCUGGAGUCGGAGCAUUGGACAUUAUGGCGGUUACGGGUUAUCGUCACAAACAAAGUGUCCGGAGCUGCGUGAAUAGACCCUCAAUUUCUCAAUAACGGAAUGGAGUGGCAAUAGUGGCGGAGACUAAUGAGUUUCAGGUUGUCCCCGGAGGCAGUAUCACUAUCUCCACCCGCAGUGUCAGAUUAUCACCAUGACAGUGUCAUAUUACCACCGCGACAGUGUCAUAUUACCACCGCGACAGUGUCAUAUUAUCACCGCCACAGUGUCAGAUUAUCACCGCCACAGUGUCAGAUUAUCACCACCACAGUGUCAGAUUAUCACCGCCGCUGUGUCAGAUUAUCACCACCACAAUGUCACUGUCACCGCCGCUGUGUCAGAUUCUCACCACCACAAUGUCACUGUCACCGCCGCUGUGUCAGAUUCUCACCACCACAAUGUCACUGUCACCGCCGCUGUGUCAGAUUCUCAUUACCGCAGUGUCAGAUUAUCACCUACGCAGCAUCGCAUUAUCACAGCUGCAGUGUGAGACUAAGCUUGCCACAUUGUCAGAUUAUCACCAUGUCGUGCAAGAGAUAAUCUUGAUCGAUAUUUGAUGGGACCCGAGGCUCCUUUUUCUGUGGGUGUACUUUUCCGGCAUGCUAGUUGACCUAGAAGACUUUGUUGUACUACAUCUAUUAGAUUACAAUUUUGGUUCGACGUUUGCUAGUCAAAGUUAUUAACUUACUCGUGGUUCAAUAAAAUAAUGUUCUGUUUA